UCAGGCCCAGCAUGUUCCAUGGUGGGAAGGAGUCAAGUAAGGAGCCCUGACGGCGUUUCCGGCCCUAGGGCUUCGCCUAGACCAGUCCGGGUGCACAAAAGAGAACGCCGUGCAUCAAGACCAUUGGGUUGCAAAGCAGAGAGCCAAAAAAGGCUAGGAAACCAACCAGACUUCCAGAGCCCACGGAUGGGAGGAGAGCCAGCUGCCCACUCCCUGGAGCCGGAGCCGCAGCCGGAGCCAGAGAGGAAAAGGAGAGCCGCUGGUGUGGGAAGAGGUGGAAAACAUGGAGCUCCUGGACUACACUUCCCAGCACGCCCUGCGCUCCUGUCACCUCCGGAACGACGUCCCAGGAGUCUGGGCGCAGAACUCCGCCUCCUCCACUGUUGGGGACCCUGAGCUCUGGGCGGGGCGCAUUCGCCCUAGAGCCUCUCCUCAGCGAGGGCCGACGGCAUCCCUAGGACUUCACCAUGGAGGACUACCUGCAGGGUUGUCGAGCUGCUCUGCAGGAGCACAGCCGAGCACAAGAGGAGUCCCGGCCUCUGCAUGUGGUGCUAGGAAAUGAAGCCUGUGACUUGGACUCCAUGGUAUCUGCUCUCGCCUUGGCUUUUUACCUGACAAAGACAACUGAAGCUGAAGAAGUCUUUAUACCAGUUUUAAAUAUAAAACGUUCUGAGCUACCUCUGCGAGGUGACAACGUCUUCUUCCUUCAGAAGGUUCAUAUACCAGAGACCCUGUUGAUUUUCCGAGAUGAGAUUGACCUCCACGUGCUGCACCAGGCUGGCCUGCUUACCCUCAUUCUUGUCGACCAUCAUGUCCUACCCAGAAGUGACGCAGCUCUGGAGGAGGCAGUAGCAGAGGUGAUGGACCACCGACCCAUUGAGCAGAAGCACUGUCCUCCCUGCCACGUGUCAGUUGAGCUGGUGGGGUCCUGUGCUACCCUGGUGACUGAGAGAAUCCUGCAGGGGGCACCAGAGAUCUUGGACAGAGAGACAGCAGCCCUUCUGCAUGGAACCAUCAUCCUGGACUGUGUCAACAUGGAUCUUAAAAUCGGAAAGGCAACUACGAAGGACAGGAAGUAUGUGGAGAAGCUAGAGGCCCUCUUCCCAGAUCUGCCCAAAAGAAAUGAGAUCUUUGAUUGGCUACAAAAGGCAAAGUUUGAUGUAUCAGGACUGACCACCGAGCAGAUGCUGCGAAAGGACCAGAAGGUCACCUGCAGAGCCGGCACCAGGGUGGCCGUCAGUGCCGUGUACAUGGAUCUGGAGGCCUUCCUGCGGAGGCCGGACCUCCUCGAAGACCUCAACGCUUUCUGCCAGACUCACAGCUACGAUGCCCUGGUCGCCAUGACCAUCUUCUUCGACGCCCACAGUGAGCCGGUGCGGCAGCUGGCUGUUUUCUGCCCCCAUGUGGCACUUCGAAUGGCGAUCUGUGGAGCCCUGGAACGCUCCCACUCCCCGAUGCUGAAGCUGACCCCUUUCCCCGCCGCGUACCCCAAUCUGCAGGCCUAUCUCCAAGGCAACACCCAGGCCUCCCGGAAGAAACUUCUGCCUCUCCUCCAGGAAGCCCUGACAGCAUAUUCUGAGUCCAUGAAGAUCCCAGCGGGGCAGCCUGAGGCCGCAUCCUCGGAGCAGGUGGACAAGGGGUUGGACAGGGCAGGGAGUACCCUGACUCCUGGACUGAGUCAAGAUGAAGACGACCCCCCGCUGCCCCCCACACCCAUGAACAGCUUGGUGGAUGAGUGCCCGCUGGACCAGGGGCUGCCCAAGCUCUCCGCCGAGGCCGUCUUUGAGAAGUGCAGCCAGAUCUCGCUGACCCAGGCUCCCACUCCCGCCUUGUCAAAGAAGUGACUCUCGGGAGGCGCCGGGGCGAGGGGGAGGUGGCUCGACACCUCCGGUGCAUGUUCGGAGAUCUUCAGAGAUUUCCGCUCUGGUGUUCAGUUCUGUCCUCAUGAAACUGGGAGGCGAAAGAUGGGAAAGAAAGCAGCUGCUGUAGGAAUGGCUUUCUGCCUUUUCCCUCCAGUCUCUACCAAUCAGACAGAUGUCAUUAUUUAACUUUAUUCUUUAAAUCUGCACUGGCUUCCCUCCGUUUCAUCUGUCGGGCACAAUGUAUCGUAACACACCCACCGUCCCAGCAGAGUGGGGAACGAAUGUAAUCCCGAAGUGCCCUCGGUCCGGCCCUGGAACAGAACCAGAGUCUGUCGUGGAACCAGACAUUCACUGAUGGUCUCUUGGACUUCACUUCAUUUCUUUAUUUACUUAAGUAUUUAUUGAAUACUUACUUCAGGCUAAAUAGACAGAGGGCACGCUUUAGAAACUCGCUCCAGUUUCAGCCUUCAGAUUUCCAGGUCUCCAACCUGUCUUCCUGCCCCCUGGUAUUUGCCAGAGAGGUGGCUGAAUUUCUGUCUGGAGCUUAUUGUGGCUGUGUCAGGUCUGGUUUGGGAACAGAUUGAAGGCCAUGACCUGGUGUCCCUAUCAGGUAGGUGGCCUAGCUUUCUGUUUCCUUGGGUUCCUCUAUCCCAGAGUCACAGGGACCCCGAGGAGACCCUGAAGACCCCUGGUUCUUGAGAGUCAAGGACCCACCCAGGAAGGGCUUUGACCUCAUAGGUACUCUUUCCUAAAAGGGGCAAGAAUCCUGGGUCUGUCCCCUAGCCUAGCAGGUCAAUGAAUUUCUUGUCCAUUUCUUCCUGUCCAGUUACCUUAAAAGGAAGCGCAAGUUCUUAUACCGAUGGCCACAAGCUAUGUGUCUUCUGGCAAGACACUUUUUUUUUUUGGUACCAGGGAUCGAACUCAGGACCUUUCGCUUAUGAGGCAGGCACAGUGCCGCUGAGCUAAAUGCCUGGCCCCAGACACUUCCUGUCUCUAGGUUUCAUUGUCCCCAUCUGUAGAACAGGGUUUAGAUGUUCCCUGGUGGGCUGUGAUCUGCCCCUUGCAAUGUCUUUUCUCUCUUCCAUUCCUGUGCAUUUUUCUUUUGCUUUCCUGGGAAUGCUGGGCUCACUGGAUUGUCCGUGUUCGUGUGGUUGUGCGAGGGGAUCAGUCUUGUGUAGCAUGUGGAGGGGUAUGGUUCAUACCACAGUGGCCCAGCGGAGAGUGUCCCCCGAUGUGUUCUGCAUGUGUAGUCCCCCUUCCUUCUUCAGACCAGCCUGUGCCCCCUCCCUGCCCCUUACUGUUUGCCAACAAUUUCACUGAAUGGCACACAAGCGAUGGUUUCAGUGUGGCAUCUUCUGGGGUGAUGGGGGCAGGCUGACGUCACUAAUGGUGCGGUGUCUAUAGCCACUUGAAAGGUAAAACUAGUGGUGUGAUCACUGAACCAAAGCAAUUUAUGUUUUGUAACUUGGGUACUUUAUCUUGCAUUUUGUUAAAGUAUUAAAUACGUUUUCCUGUUUGGAGUCUUA